AUGUAUACUUCUCUACGCCCUACGCCUCAAAUAUAUCGACUGAGUCACAAUUGGUCAAUAGCAAGAUGCCAAGAUCCCGGAGAAGUCUACCCUGCCGCAGGGCUGAUACGUGUCCACCCGGGUUUCAGGUUCAAUAAGGCACUGGACCGAGAAACCCUAACUAACUCCUGGUCGAUUAUCGGUGAUAUAUAUCAUGGAAUGUCGCGGAGGAUCGUACCAAGGAAACCUCGAUCUUGUACGAUCGACCGGGCGUCCAAUCCGAGGAACAACGAUGAUCAUUUCCAGUUGAACGACAAACAACAUUACAGGAGCAACUGUCAAAAGUCUUUUAAGAAACAGAUAAUACUCCGGUUAGUUAUGUGGCUUUCGAACGGACAGCUCCUCCAUGAGCCAAAACUUCACGCCUUUCCCCCUUGUAAGACCAAACCUUAUCACUUAUCCUAUACCAGCGGAAGGGAUAGAGUUGGAAGUUCUGCAGGAGAACAUUUGUUUCUUCUUGGCCCGGAAGCAUAUGCUCGUAUAAAUCUCAACCAAGAAUAUAUGAUUACGGCAUUAAAGCCCUUUACAAACAGCCAAUUGAACGACCUUCGGGCUUUCUCGGCAGAGUUGAUUGGACAUAUCUCUGAGAACUUUAAGCCCCAAACCUAUCAUCAUGCAAGCCCAACAUGCAUACAUCAAACCUCAUACUAUACUAGUGGAGAAGUGAACGGCCCUGACCAUAGGGAUCGCAGAAUGGCAAGCUUACAGGCAAAAGGAGCAUUGAUUAAUCUGCAAAUCUCAUAUCCAACGAUACACAAUACAUAUAUCACUUCAAGUACUGAUCGUGGACCGUGUAGUCACUCAUGUACCAGGCUAUGA